GCCCCCGCGCCAGCCCCGCCGCCGCUCCCGCCGCGGUCCUUCUGCAGCGCCCGCGCUCCGCCCGCGGCCCGUUUGCAUGAAUUGUCCGCCCGCCGAGAUGGUUUGCGAGACCAAGAUCGUGGCGGACGAGCGCGAGUCGCUCGGCGGGGCCGCCGCCAAGGAGAGCCGCCUGCUGGCCGCCCCCGCCGCUGCCGCCGCCGCGCAGAUGUGGCCGCCCGGGGCCGCCGCCGCCGCCGCCGCCGCGUCCGGGGCCGGUCCGGGGGAGAGGGCGUCGGCGGCGGGGGCGGCGGGGCUGGGCAUCCGGCCCUUCCACCCGGCGGAGAGCGAGGCGGUGCGGCGCAUCUUCUACGAGGGCAUCCUGGAGCGCAUCCCCAACACCGCCUUCCGCGGCCUCAAGGACCAGCCGCUGGCCCAGCUGCUCUACGCCGCCGUGGCCGUUAUAUGCUUUGUUGUGACCAAGUCCUUGCUGGUGACCUGCUGCUUGCCCGUCUUUCUGAUGGGCCUGAGGUACUACUUCAGUAGGAAAGUUAUCCUCAACUAUCUCGAAUGCGCCCUGAAUACGGACAUGUCUGACAUUGAGCAAUAUUACAUGAAAUCCCCAGGUUCCUGCUUCUGGGUGGCCGUGCUAAAUGGCAAUGUGGUGGGCAUCGUGGCGGCCCGAGGCAACGAGGAGGACAACACGGUGGAAUUGCGCCGCAUGUCCGUGGACUCUAAAUACCGUGGUAAAGGGAUCGCUAAAGCUCUGGGUCGCAAGGUGCUGGAGUUUGCCGUGGUCAAUAACUACUCCUCCGUGGUGCUGGGGACCACGGCAGUGAAGGUGGCAGCCCACAAAUUGUACGAGUCCUUAGGGUUCAAGCAUGUUGGGGUGGUCGAACACUAUUCUCUGCCUGGAAUGACCCAUUCUAUUCUAGAGCAAAUAUUUUUCCAGCUUCGCUACCACCGCUAUUGCCUGCAGCUGCGUGAAGAAUGAGGGAACCUCAUCUUCAUGGUGGUCCUCCCCAGAACCUCCUUGCCAAUGUUUUGUGGAGGUUUGUGUCAUGGUUCCUUUGCCAUUUCUUCAUUUCAUGUUCUUCAUUGGCUUUGUACAAGUCCUUGUACAAGCGAAGGGCCCGUCUUCUUCUUUUCUGAAGUGCUUGUAGGGUGAUGGUGGCGCUAAUGCUGGAGAUACGGUGGACUGCUGCCCUUGGCCUGGCCUGGGUCAAGGUCAGGAUGGACACGCUCACUCUCCCAGUCUUAACCCGGUUGCCUACAUAAGCACAGAAAUGUCAAUGCAUAACAAGGCUGCUUCUCUGACGUGUGUUAUAAAUAAUAAUGAUAAUAACAAUUAAUAAUCUCCUUUUCCCCUCCCCCCAAGUAUUAAAAAAGCGAUACUUCAUGAUACAGCUCAGUGCAAAAGUUUUAUGCGAAUGCAUUUCUCAGCAUUUUAUGAAGUCGUAUGCAUUCAUGUCCUCAUGAUACAAUGCCGGUUAAUCAUGCUGACAGAAAAUGUGAAAAUCCUGCUUGCUAUAAUGCAUGAAGAGGAAGUAUUUGCAUGCAUUCAAGCACACUACCAAGUAGGCGCUAAUAAUAAUAAUAAUGAUAAUAAUGCACUUUCUGGAUGUACCUCCUCAUGCCCAAAUUCUCAAGAAUAUUGGUGCAUCUCACACCCAGGACCUGGUCCUUGAUCCUAGUUUUCUUCCUAAGCCAGCAACUACGAGCCCUGAGCCCAGUGUAACAUAUGUAAAUUACCGAAAUAUCAAAUAUGUGAAUGUAGAUAGACUUUGAGAUCCCCUGCCAGAUACCUCCAUCCACAGUGUUAAUUUUCCUUUAUUGAAGAGUUUUGUUUAUUACGUUUGCUUAAACGAUCCAAACUCUUCGCUUUUGUGGACUGGUUUCCCAGAGGCAAAACGGAGACUUCUGUUUCUAUGGCAACACACCUGUACGCUAAUAAUGUGCACCAAAUCUAAACGCUUCAGAAAAAGCAAUAUGCAAAAGAGAGAUGGCUGGAGUUGCCAGUUCGACUGAAGAGAGCUAGGAAAGCAAAGAUAACUAUUUUAAUCAGUUGCUACUUGCUAGUGGGAUAACAAAUUUAGGAGAGCUGCCGUACGACGUUACUGCUGCUUUAACAAUGUCACCUUUGUGAGUUGUACAGUUCCAUGCAAAAAGCAAGGCAACGCAACAGAGACAUGGCAUGCUGUCUGUUGGAGCCCAGCACGAAAACACCCGAGGCUGCAGCUUCUUCUGCCUUGAAAUACCAACCUUUAUUUCAAGAAACAGCAACUUUUGCAUUAAUUAUGUCCGAACAGAAGUCAGGCAGCUUUGAGGUUUAAAAGGCAACAGGUCAGAAAAGCUCGGAAGAUUUCUGGUUGCAUUUUAUUUGGGGAAGCAGCCUGGUGGACUCGGCUUGAUAGAAGCAGCUCCCAUUCAACGUUUCCUCCGGUUGAAAAAAUUGUGAUAGAAAUUAGGCCACCCCACCUGGUUGGGGGGAGAAGGUCCCGGGGACGGAUGGCACUGAGGGGAGAGGAGAGUGGAAGGACUCCCACCAAGCCGGUCCUUUGGCCUGGCUGCUUGUGGGGGUCAUUCUCCAUUUUGACAACAGAGGACAGGAGCUGUGUCUCCAUUGGUAGGGAGACUCUUUGUGUCCUGUUUGGGUCUCAAAACGAGGAACGGGUGGAAAGAUAGCAAAGGCCCCACUGAGGAUAAAGAGGCUGCCCUGAGUUUCCCUCGCUUCAGAGCCUUGGUGAGGAGCCUGCAGCCCCUUCCCCAUCACUGUCCUUCCUCAAGACCAGCCAUAGCUCCAUCCUUACCCAGGAAGGGCACCAAUGAUGGGAGAGGGGCUUCCUCGUUGCUCCCGUCUCAAGCGUGGGGCACCUUGGACCACAGAGGCGCUCCAGGCUGAUGACCAAAUAAAGGGAGAAGGGCGGGUCACAAAACCCCGUUUUCUGCUUCAAUGGCGAACGCCUUCCUGCCUCAGACAGGGCCCUGAGCUAUAAAUGGCAAGAGCAAACUGUGUCGCAGCAAUAAAACACUUGAUCAGUACUAAAGACUGACCUGAUGAACAGAAUGUACCUGUUGGAACCGAGUGUGUGUGUGUGUAUGUUGAUGUAGAAUGUAUUUUUUUUAAGAAAAGAAAAAUUCUAUGCUGUACAUUUCUCUUGAAGCUCAAAUGUGUACCGUUUGAGGGGCAAAAAUGUAGGACAGAGGUGUAUAGUGUACAGAAAUUGGUACGAUAUUUUAUAGCUGUUUUUGGUGAUUACAUUAAACUGCCUAACCCAGAUGAAUAUUAUAAAGCGUUAGGGGGAAAGGGGAAGGGAAAGAACUGCUUGUGCCUUUUGAUUUGUUUUUCCUUUUGUGUUACCCUUGCACUAAAUGAUUUCUGGAAAAUUAAUUGUACUACAUAGCCUAAUGGAUUGGACGAUGAACGGAGAGGCGUGGUACAUGACUCCUGUGGACUACGAUUGAUUUUUUUAUUGAGGCACUUUAAGAAUGUGGACAGUUUAAUGCUUGCACCAGUGGAGAUUGCCCCUUUCGUAGCUGGGUGAUCCAACACCAGAUUGCGAAGUCUACUCUGGAAGACCUUGACUGAACUGUAUGAUAACAUUUUUACCAUUGCACAUGGGAGCAAGUUUCUGAAAAUACAUGGGUUUUGAAGUGUU